UAUUUAUUGAAGCAAUCAGUUGUGUCCAGGUAUGUUUCUGACGUCAUCAUGAUCUUCAGUAUCACUGACACCACUAUGAAACAACUAAAAUCGAUCAAUCAAUCGAUAACGUACUGUGUCUUUAAGAGUUGAGGGAGCGUUGUGACUGCAACACUGGGGCGUGGCCUACAAUAAAAGUCCUAGUCCUGCCAGACUUCUUCCUGGCGGAACCAGAGUGAAAUCACACAGUUUUGGAUAUCACUAUGUCUACCGCUGAGUGGAAGGAGAAGGUGGAGGCUGAGUGGAGUCUGCAGGGCGCUCCGAUGCCUGACGGCCUGGACUGGAAGUCCGUGUUUGACGCUAAACCCUUGGGGAGAAACUUGCUGAGGAACCCUUCACCUCACGGGCUGAGUAAGGACUCACCUCCACCUGAAGCUGACCUGCCUGAAUUUCCAACUGAUGGACCUCCGCGUUUUCAACCUGAUGGCGACUUCAGCAGCUGGACCACCAGCACAGAGACCCUCCCCUAUGAUACCAGUGGCAUCCCACCAGGCGCUGUGGUCUGUGAAAUGCCUCGCUACAGCUGGUUCACCAUGGAGCAGGUGGUGGACCUGAAGGCAGAGGGACUGUGGGAAGAGCUGUUGGAUGGUUUCCAGCCUGAAAUAGUCAUCCAGGACUGGUAUGAGGAGAGUCAGCUGCAUGAGUCCAUCUACCAGCUGCAUGUGAAGCUACUGGGUGCAGACAAAAGCACAGUGAUCUCCGAGCACACUGCCAACCCUACUGAGGACCUCAGCAAUUACUCACACAACUGGAAGGAGGUGUCACAUGUGUUCUCUGGCUAUGGCCCCGGGGUGAGAUACGUCCACUUCCAGCACCGGCUGAAGAACAAGUUCAUGAGGGAGUUCUGGCCCACGCUGUUCACCGGCAGCUCAGUGAUGGUCAGACCAACCAAAACCAGCGCUUAGCUUAAUCCUACACUGCAAAAAAUGUGUGUCUGGAUAAAAACAGGAUAAAAACACUAAAUCUGAGGGAAAUGAUCUUGCUGCACAAGAGUUAAUGGUAACUCUUUAUAUUAAGGUCCUUGUUAAUUACCAUUAACAAGUAAUAAGGCAUUGUUCUCACUUUAGAUCCCUUUAGCUGCAAAAAGCAUAGUUAACUGUUAACAAGUGCAUAGUUAACUUAUAAUAGAUGAGCAAUAAAGUAUAUUUUAAUAUCAAUAAGCAAACAAAAGAUUAAUAAAGGCAUGGCAAAGACAUAAUGGGUGGAUUAUGGGUGUUUGUAAUGCUAUUAAGAAUUACAAGAUACUCAUGAGGCUUUUAUUAAUGUUCUUAUUAUACAUCUCUUGCUGUAGCAAGUAUUAUAAUGCAUUAUUAACACUUAUAUAGGCUUAUAAACACACAGUAAUGUUAAUAAGCAUAUUGUAAGACUUACAAGGGCCUUAUUACUUGUUAAUUAAUGGUUAUUACAAGGACCUUGAUAUAAAGCGCUACCGAGUUAAUUUCUUAUUUUAAGUGUUCAACAUGCUUAUUUCUAGAUUUAAUAAUCUUAAUUUAAGAAAUUUUGUGAAGUGAAAUUAUCUGUCCAUGCAGCAAGAUCAUUUCCCUCAGAUUUAGUGUUUUUAUCUUGUUUUUAGGUGUCCCCUUUUUUUGCAGUAUACAGAAAACUGUCAUGCAGACAUAGUCGCUAGCUCACGCAAAGUAACCAAACAAAUAAACACAUAUUUCCUUUAAUAAUUGGUUUGAUUUUAAUGCACUUAGCAUGGGGACAUAACAGGGUUUAGAAUCAUCAAUCAUUCUAUUUACGUCUUAUGCUGAUUGUUGGGGUAGAUAUUUAGACAUGUGUUUUAAUUUUGCAUUUGCUUUUAAAGUAUUUUCAAAAUAAAGUGGCAAACGGAAUUUA